CGCCGCGCGGCUGAGCGGGAACUUGCGUAACGCGCGGCGGCCGCGUCGCUGCUGCGCUUCCUUCCUCCUUCCCUCCGCCUUCCCCUCCGCAGGCGCCGGGCCAGGGCCGCCGGCCGGCCGGGAAGGCGCGUUCUGCCGCCACAGAGGCCGGGCGCGGUCCCCGCCGCCGCGGCGGCGCCAUGAUGAGGCGGACGAAGCCCGAGGUGGAGCGCUACGUCGCCUCCUUGCAGGCCGCGGCGCCGUCGCCCAGAGAGAAAUCGAUGAAAGGAUUCCUCUUUGCUAAGCUGUAUUUUGAAAUUAAAGAAUAUGAACUUGCUAAAAGAUACAUAUCUACAUACCUCAAUGUACAAGAGAGAGAUCCCAAAGCACACAGAUUUCUUGGACAAAUUUAUGAAGCUGAGGAUAACAUAGAAAAAGCUUUUGGGUGUUACAAGCGUUCUGUGGAGUUGAACCCAACACAGAAGGAUCUUGUACUGAAGAUUGCAGAGUUACUAUGCAAUAAUGACAUUACCGAUGGAAGAGCAAAAUAUUGGGUUGACAGAGCUGCUAAGCUCUUUCCUGGGAGCCCUGCUAUUUACAGGUUGAAGGAGCAGUUGCUGGAUUGUAAAGGUGAAGAUGGGUGGAAUCAGCUUUUUGACUUGAUUCAAGCAGAACUUUAUGCAAGACCAGAUGAUGUCUACAUAAACAUCAGACUAGUUGCGCUCUAUCGUUCAAAUAACAGAUUAAAGGAUGCUGUGCUUCACUGUCAGGAGGCAGAGAAGAGAAUACCUUUGCAGUCAAGCUUGGAAUGGUGUUCCUGUGUUGUAGAGACAUUUGAGGAAUAUCUGGAAUCUUUACAAGACUUGGAGUAUGAUAAAAAUAACUGGAGAACUAUCAAGAAAGAUCAUCUGCUGGCCUAUUCCAGCUUUGUCAAACUGACACUUUCUUCUAGAGAUGUUCAGGAAUGCAGAGAGGCACUUGAAAGCUUUGAUCGUGCACUUCAGUCAGUAAAACCAUAUGUGAGUGCGGCUGACGAGUUGUCUCGUACCUAUGUGGAAAUGAAAGGACAGCUGUACAUGCAUGCUGGAGCUUUGCUGCUGAAAAUGGCCCAAGACAAUGAGACACAGUGGAGAGCUAUGUGUGAACUGGCAGCAUUGUGUUAUCUCCUGAGUUUUCAGGUUCCUAAACCAAAGUCAAAACUCAUAAAGGGGGAUCAAACUGGACAAGAUAUGCUAGAAAUGUUGGCCUGUGAUCGAAAAAGCCAGUCUGGUCAUAUGCUGCUGAAUUUAAGUCAUGGCAAGCAAGACUUCUUUAAAGAGAUUGUGGAAUCAUUUGCAAACAAGAGCGGCUCAUUUGCAUUGUUUGAUAGUCUGUUUGAGAGUGGAGCUUCUAGAGAGAGGUCUUUUAUUGGCACAGAUGAUAUUGGAAAUGUCAGCACACAAGCACCGGUGCAAAUAGAACUCCACAAGUAUGAUAUUGGUGCCAUUCGGUUGCACAGUGGCAGUCUCCAGCACCUCGUGUGGCUUGGCUUGCAGUGGAACUCUAUGUCAGUCUUGCCCCCCAUGCGCAAAUGGUUAAAACAGCUUUUUCACUUGCCCCAAGAAACAUCAAGACUUGAGACAGAUGCUCCUGAAUCUAUUUGCCUAUUAGACCUUGAAGUAUUCCUAAUUGGAGUGAUAUUCACUAGCAACUUACAACUGCAAGAGAAGUUUAAUUCUCAGUACAGUGCACAUCAGCCUCAAUUCUUACCAUUGCCAAUAUGCAAACAACUCUACACUGAGAAGCAAAGAUCCUGGUGGGAUGCUGUUCGUACUCUUCUUCAGAGAAAAUCAGUACCAGGAACAGCAGCAAAGCUGAGGCUUAUUGUACAGCAUGGCAUAAGUACUCUGCGAACACUGGACAAGCAUGGCCUUCAACCUGCCUUAAUCAUACACUGGGCAAAAAGCUUGCAGAAAACAGGAAUUAACCUUAACUCCUUCUAUGACCAGAAGGAAUAUAUUGGACGAAGUGUCUAUUACUGGAAGAAAGUUCUGCCUAUGCUGGAAACUAUCAAAAAGAAGAGGAGUAUUUCUGAACCUACUGAUCCUUUCUUCAAACACUUCCAUAGUGUAGACAUUCAGGUCUUUCAGGUUACAGGAUAUGAAGAAGAGGCACAGAUAGCAUUUGCUAUGUUGGAUGCAGUUGAUGGCAAAACUGAUGAUGCUUUAAUAGCAUUUGAAGCUAUUGAGAAUGUGGUGUCAUACUGGAAUCUUGCCAUGAUUUUCCAAAGAAAAGCAGAAGAGAUAGAAAAUGAUGUCAUGCUGCCAGAAGAACAGGAGGAGCGUAAAACUUACCUUCUUAAAGCCAAGUAUUAUCUAAUGAAAAUUAUUGCAGAAAGCUCCUCAGAUAUGUCAGUUACUGAGAAAUUGCCAGUGUCUCUUGAAACUGUGAGAGAAGUGUUAGAUUCAGUGAUCCAGGAACUUGGUGAGAACUGCGAAGAGGGAAGUCUUGCCUUCAGAAACGGUCUGUCCCGAACCGUAGAUUCAGCAAUGAAACAUUCCACUCCGUCACCAACCAAGUUCUCUUUUUCCCCAACUAAGACCUACAAGUUCUCUCCAAAAACUCCCCCUCAGUGGGCAGAAGACCAUAAAUCUAUACUUCAAAUGAUUUGUCAGCAAGUGGAGGCUUUAAAGAAUGAAAUGCAAGAAAUGAAACUUAAUAAUUCCAACACAAAUGCAUCUCAUCGGUGGCCUGCUGAAAACUAUGGAACUGAUGCAAUACCAGAUAGUUAUCAGAGAGCACAAAAUCUUCAUGAAGCUCCCUUAACAGUUGCUACCACUGGCCCAUCUGUGUUCUACAGCCAGUCACCUGCCUAUAACUCUCAGUAUCUUCUGGGAACUGCUGCAACCAAUGUAACACCAGCAAAGCCUCCUGUCUAUGGCAUGAACCGACUUACACCUCAGCCACACAUAUAUUCCUAUCAACCACCACCCAUGCAUACGCCACCUCUGCAGAACACUUCUGGUUGUAUGUUUUCCCAAGAAAUGUAUGGUCCACCUCUGCGUUUUGAUUCUCCUGGUACUACGCUCAUUUCUCCUCGUACUGCUGAUGACUAUUACAACUACAGUGUUCCACAGGCAAGCACCAAUCCAACACUGCCUAAACCGGGGUAUUUCACCAACCGUUCAGUCACGCCACCCACCUUAAAGCCUGCAGAACCAAAAGCAAUGCCUAAAUUUGGACAGCCGGGAACAGCAGAAGGAUCAAAACCACCUCUGUCAACACCAGCACAACCAAGUCAGCCAACAACUUUUAAGUUUAAACCUAACUUCAAGUCUAAUGAUGGGGACUUCACUUUUUCUUCUCCCCCUCAAGUUGCACCACAGCCCCUUAAUGCACCUUUUAAUAGUAAAGAAAGCCUCUUGGAUCUUCUAACAUCUGACAAACCUUUACAGGAUGAUAGAUACGUUGAUCAAAAGCCAGUUAGCGAUCCCACAAACAGUUCAAGAAAUAUCUUCAAUUUUAGCAAUAAACAUGUUCCAGGCAUCUCUCUCCGAGAAAACACGGGACAAAAUGUACACAAAAAUGUGGGUUUUGAAAAGAGUGAUACAUUUAGUGUUCAAGAACCAAGUAAGCCUGUAUUUAUGGCUUCAAAUUCAGAUUUGGCCAAUAGAAGUCAUGAAACAGAAGGAGGAAGCACCCAUGGUGGAGAUGAGGAUGAUGAUGGUCCUCAUUUUGAUCCUGUGGUGCCACUUCCUGAUAAGAUUGAAGUAAAGACAGGUGAGGAAGAUGAAGAAGAAUUCUUCUGCAACAGAGCCAAGCUCUUUCGUUUUGAUGCAGAAUCUAAAGAAUGGAAAGAAAGGGGUAUUGGAAAUGUGAAAAUACUGAAACAUAAAGUAUCUGGCAAAUUUCGUCUCUUAAUGAGACGGGACCAAGUGCUGAAAAUCUGUGCAAAUCACUACAUAAAUACUGAUAUGAAAUUAACUCCAAAUGCUGCAUCAGACAAGUCAUUUGUAUGGCAUGCUUUAGACUACGCAGAUGAAUUGCCAAAACCAGAACAGCUUGCAAUUAGAUUUAAAACACCUGAAGAAGCAAUGCUUUUCAAAAAAAAGUUUGAAGAAGCACAGAAUAUUUUAAAAUCCUUGGGAUCAAAUGCUGAUACAUCUGUGGCUCAGAGCAGUGGGACUGCAAAAGAAACAGCAAAUCAAGACACCAAAGAGCCCAACAGAACCACUUCUGGGACCAUGAACUUGGGCUUUCAGUUUCUAAAAGAUGGAACAAGUAGUGAACCUGACAGCAAAGGCACCCUUACAGCUACGUCCACUGCAUCUAGCACUACCAUUUCAUUUGGGAAGGAUGCUCAGAAAGCCUGUUCUGGUGGGUUUGGGCAGCAUCUCCUGAAGAAGGACCAAUGGGAGUGUAAAGUAUGUUUAGUUCCAAAUGAAGCAACUGCAAAGAAUUGUGUAUCAUGUCAAAGUCCAAAUCCAGGUAUGUGGCAAACACAUGGCACCCCUAUGACUGGCUAUGCAAGUUUGAAACCAAGUGGUAACACAAUGCAGGACAAGUUUGGCUCUCCUUUUGCUAAAAAGGAAGGUCAGUGGGACUGCUCUGUAUGCCAAACCCAAAAUGAAGCGGAAGAUAUGAACUGCUGUUCCUGUCAGAGUCCAAAACCUCAAAAUCAACCAAAUACAUCCACACCUUCUGUUCAGGCACCUGCUGCUCUGGGGCUUGGUUCCAUUGCUGAUACAAGUAAGCCACAGAAAAAUGGGUUUGAAGGGCUUUUUGCUAAAAAGGAAGGUCAGUGGGAUUGUAGUACUUGUCUUGUGAGGAAUGAGGGUUCUUCGCUAACCUGCAUAGCCUGCGAAACGCCAAAUCCAUCUGCUAAGCCAGCUGGUGAUACUUUGCCAACUCCUGCUUUUGGCUUGAAAAGUAAAUUGCCUGAACUUGAUGGAGGACAGCUGGGAACAGGCUUUAAGUUUGGUCUUGAGCAAGGCAAGACACCACCGUUUACAUUUCAGAUUUCUUCUGAUACUGAAGCAAAGUCUGCAAAGGAAGGAUUUAGCUUUUCAAUGCAAAUGCCUGCAGGUGGAUUUAAAUUUGGGAUACAGGAGUCUACUAAAAAUACCACUAAGAAAGAUGAGCCAUCCAAAGAUCAUACAACUGCUUUCUUAAAAGGUGUUGAUGAAAAAGACAGAAAGGAAUUGCCUUCAGACAGUGGAACUGGAUUCCAAUUUCAGGAAACAGCAGACAAGGGGAAAAUCGACUUUGUUUUUGGGCAAAAUAGCAGCACUUCUACUUUUGCCGAGCUUGCAAAAAGUACUCCUAGGGAAGGCUUUCAAUUUGGCAAAAAGGACCCUAACUUCAAAGGCUUUUCAGGUGCAGGUGAAAAGUUGUUUUCUUCACAAAAUUCUAAAACAGAUCAGAAAGCAAACACAUCUGCUGACCUUGGUGAGAAGGACGAUGAUGUGUACAAGACGGAGGACAGCGAUGAUAUCCAUUUUGAACCCAUAGUUCAGAUGCCUGAAAAAGUAGAGCCAUUUACAGGAGAGGAAGAUGAGAAAGUGUUAUACUCCCAGAGAGUAAAGCUGUUCAGGUUUGAUCCAGAAACAAGCCAGUGGAAGGAACGUGGGGUGGGCAUUCUGAAGAUCCUUAAAAACGAAGUUAAUGGCAAAGUAAGAAUAUUGAUGCGGCGUGAGCAAGUACUGAAGGUGUGCGCGAAUCACUGGAUAACAACAACAAUGAACUUGAAACAGCUGUCUGGCUCAGACAAAGCAUGGAUGUGGAUGGCCAAUGACUUUUCUGAUGGUGAUGCAAAGUUGGAACAUCUAGCAGCAAAAUUCAAGACACCAGAGCAAGCUGAGGAGUUCAAACAAAAGUUUGAAGAAUGUCAGAGGCUACUGCUAGAUAUACCACUGCAGACACCCCAUAAACUUGUUGAUACAGGUAGGACAGCUCAACUUAUACAGAGAGCAGAAGAAAUGAAGUGUGGCUUAAAAGAUCUCAAAACUUUUCUGACAGAUGACAAAACGAAACUGUCAGAAGAGGAAAGUGUAAACCCUGUUUGUACCAGCAGUACUUCUGAUUUGGUCAUAAAGCCACAUGCUGAAAGUACAGGCCCUACUCUGGAGUGGGAUAACUAUGACUUGCGUGAAGAAGCAUUAGAUGAUAGUGUAAGUAGUUCUGUAUAUGCAUCACCUCUUGCAAGUAGCCCUGUAAGGAAAAAUCUGUUUAGAUUUGGAGAGUCUACCACUGGUUUUAGUUUCAGCUUUAAAUCUGCUUUGAGCCCAUCCAAAUCUCCUGCCAAACAGAAUCAGAGUAGAACAUCAGUAGGCACAGAUGAAGAUUCUGAUGUUACUCAAGAAGAGGAAAGAGAUGGACAGUACUUUGAACCUGUGGUACCUCUGCCUGAUCUUGUGGAAGUGACCAGUGGUGAGGAAAAUGAGCAAGUUGUCUUCAGCCAUAGAGCCAAACUAUACAGAUAUGACAAAGAUGCAAAUCAAUGGAAAGAGAGAGGGAUUGGGGAUAUCAAGAUAUUGCAGAACUAUGACAACAAACAAGUUCGUAUAGUAAUGAGAAGGGACCAGGUACUAAAACUCUGUGCCAAUCACAGGAUAACACCAGAUAUGAAUAUACAACAGAUGAAAGGAUCUGACAGAGCCUGGGUAUGGACUGCAUGUGACUUUGCAGAUGGGGAAAGAAAAGUAGAACUUCUGGCUGUGCGGUUCAAGCUGCAAGAUGUUGCAGACUCAUUUAAGCAAAUUUUUGAUGAAGCAAAGCAUGCCCAAGAGAGAGAGACACUGAUAACACCUCUUUCUUCUCGUGCCAAUACACCAAAGGAAUCUCCAUGUGGUAAAAAUGCUGUAGCUGUGCUAGAAGAAACAACCAGAGAAAGAACUGAUGUCAGCCAUGGUGAUGACAGUUCUGAUGCAACUGUAGAGGCUGCAGAGGUGUCAAAUACUUCUGAAACACCAACAAAAACAGUGGUUUCUCCUCCAAAGUUUGUAUUUGGAUCUGAAUCUGUCAAGAGCAUUUUCAGUAAUGAAAAGUCAAAGACUUUCACAUUUGGAAAUACUUCAGCCACUGGUUCUCUCUUUGGCUUCAGUUUUAAUCCCCCGAGAAAGAGUGAAGGCCAUAUUCCAGCAUCUCAGAACACAGCACAGAAAGAGCCAGAAGUCUCUGGACCACCAAAAAUCUCCAGUGCUGCUCAGAAGCCUGUAGACAACAAGGCAGACAACUUGCCAGCUUCAUCACAAGAUGGACCGUCUAACUUCUCAUUUAGAAUUCUGGAAAAAGGUUUCAGGAUGUGAGCCAGCAGCUCUGUGGCACUUAAUUGCCAGCUGGACUUAAACCACACCAGUGCUUUACAAGUUUGAGUCGUGUCAGUUGCAGGCUACUGGACCUGUUACAUGCUUUAGGGUUUUUAAACUGGUGCUUUCCUCUUAUAUUCAGAAGAUAUUCGUUGAUCAGUACAGGAGGGGCAGUAUCAGUAUUGUGACUAGCUAGAGAGAUUUAAUGUCAGUUUAAACAAAAGUGAAAAUACAGUACAGCAUUGAAAAGAGCUGUUGUGCAUGAUAUUGUCCUGAAUUUUGUUUCUUCCAUAUUCUAUUCUGGGUGAAAAAUCUACACAAUUGUUAGUAAGUUCUGUUAUCCCAAAACCAGGUCUUUUUAGAAUACAGUGUAUCUAUCUGUGUUUUGUUUCAUGGCUGCCUGUGAAGAUAAAUAUUUAAGGUGUUUGCUACAGUGAUCUUUGUUGUUGAAGCCUUUUAUCAUUUUGAGUAGAUGUUUGGAACACUAGAAUAUUAUUCCAGUGUUUGAUAGAUCAGGUUCACUGAGAAUUUACCUAUUGACUAAUCUGAAGUGAACUUAAAUGUAUUUCUCUUACUCAGCUAUUUUGCCCAAAGGGUACUGAAAGAGACUCUAUGAUAACUCUUUUUAAAUGCUGUCAAACCUGAUGAGCAAUGAGUGUGUAAAACACUGGAACAGUGUAUUUGUUGCUAUGGCUUCUAGCUAGAUUUCUGCUGCUCAAAUUAAAGAAAGCACAUACUUUUACCAUCUACCUGACUCGAAAGAAGUGUUUUGUUAUAUUCAAAGAUACAUUUUUGAAAAUUUUCUGAUUCUAAGGAAAGCUGCUUCUUGUUGUAGGACUAAAUGUUCCACACUUAAACCUCAGGUGAACUUGAUGCAAACUUAGUCCAAUUAAGACACUUGCUUAACUAACUGGAUAGAAUUAAACACAUGGUAAUAUCUGCAUAUCUUCAUAACACAGUACCAGAUGUACUUCUAAUCCUUAAAUGAGCUAGGGUGGCUGAGUUUUUUUUGGACAAGAUUCUGAGAAGGUGUAUUAAAACAUGUAUGUCUUGCAGUUAUGAUAUAAACUUGGAAAUUUGCUAUUCAGGAGUUUUAUCCUACACGUACUUUCUGCAGGCUCAGAGAACUUGCUGAGAUCUAAAAAUCUGAGCAAAAAGAAUUAGUCUAGGAGAGUGUGCUGGUGAUGGGUUUGAGUUUGUAGCUCUGGUGUAUAAAUGCCUGAAAUUACCAACUUGUAAACAAAGGUGAGGCAAAGACGGAAGAGGUAAUACUUCUAAAAAAUACAUAAGUUUGAAUCAGUACUUUGGGAUUUUGCUGUUACUUUAUGCUGUUCUUAAUCUACUGGAUGAUUAAGUAAAAAGUAAUGAAAACUGCUUUUAAUAAGCAGACUUAUUUUAGUGCGUUAGUUGUCUCAGAGGAUCAAAGGACAUCUGUAAACAUGUCUCCUAUGUCCUUUUCUCCUUUUGCAAUGAUAAGUUAAAUUGUAUGAUCAGAAAAAUCAAUGUUUUUCAGGAACUGGGUGCUGCUUUUCUGCUGCGUACUGGGUACUGGUUCUAGCUGGAUAUUUAGGUUUCCUCUGAUUACACUGUGCCACAGACUUAGAAUACUUUAUUUUAAUGAAAAUCACAGCAAGAUGUUGAGGCCACCCUUCAGAUACUGACUAAAUUAAAUCUGGAGAACAGAUUAUUAUCUGUUUGCUGUUAGCAAAUAGACUGAGGUACUAAAGCAAUCAUUUUGUUCUUAGAAACAGCUGUUGUGGCUGUUGAUGUGCUUUUGGAGUAAUUCUUAAAAAUAAUUUACAGAUUUUUUUCUUAGCCCUUUAUCCCCAAAUUCCCCUUCUCAAAAUAACACAACCUAAACAAGUGGAACCCCAACCAAACCAUACCUGAGGUUUAAAUCACUAUAGCCUCUCUCUUUGCUUCCAUUCUCUCAUAAUAAACUGAAAUGUUUGUUUCCAAAGCUGUCUUGCAGCCAUAUAUUUUGUCUGCAGUUUGCUCUAGGCUUUACUUUCACUUUUAACCUUUGCAUUGAUCAUGCAUUGUUCUCAAUACUGGUGGAAAGAUUAAGUUAAUGUUGAAGGCAAGAAGACAAAAAGCUAACUGAUGGUGAUAUUUCUGUGCUGAAAAAGCUAGUUAAAUAGGCUGACAGCAAUGGUUUUGGUUGUUUGAUAGUGGAACUAAGAAUUACCUUACUUUUGUAACACUCAAAGUUUCAGCAACAGCUAUUAUGGUAAAUUUAUUGUCAGCUAAUAAAAAGCUCAGCUGUCCCAUAAGUAAUCUGAAAUGAGUUCUGUUCAGUUACUUGGACAGAUUGUUGUUCAUAACUUCACUUUUUCCAGGCCUGAAGUUUGCUUAUUUACCUCUAUUUGUCACCUCUGUAGCUGUCUCUUAUUUGACAUGAGGACUUAAUUAAACAAUCCUUUUAAUAAUAUAAAGAUGCAGCUAUGUUUUGUUUUAAUGCUUGAAUUCCAAAAGCAAUAGAACAGUUUUGCUGUUCUGUCCUUGAAUCUUGUAAGUUUGAUUUUUCUUUCCUGUCUAUCAGCAGAAAAAAUGUAGGCCCUUAGAAUUAAUUCAGUUCUGUAGUAAUGUGGGGUUAAUGUUAUUUCCUGUUCUGAAAUG